UUUGUCGAUUAUAACGCCUUCCUUAAGCACGCCUUAUGUUAUCCCUCUUGAAACCCUUCAAGCUCUCCCGGAGCUUGAGAUGCUCAAGCCUCUCUCCUUUUCGCUUCUCCACAUCCACUUGUAUCGCAAAGAACGAUCCCAACGCCACAAAGUCCAAGUCCAACAAAUCAUCGUCAAAUCUUAAUCUCCGCAGAACCAAAGCCAAAAUCGAGCCGGCGCUAGAUACCUUCUCUCGCGUCCGCGCCACCGCCAAUAUCAACUACCAAACCUUUCCCGUGACCGCCGUCUCCAUCUGCGAGUCCUACGAUCUCCAUAAAGUAAUCAGCGGCCUCACCCACGAUGACUACACCACCAAUAUCGUCAUUCCCCAGGAAGCCAUACACGUCCGGGUCCCAGUUCACCGUUUAGACACGCAAUACGUGCCGGUAAACUACACCUGGGGAAAAGACUUUGACGUAAUGGUUCUAGCAAACGGGUCCGUGGUUGCCUGGGGCUUGUCGGAAGAGUACCUUCUCGAACACUUUGUGCCUAUGAUUAAGGAUUGUGAGAGGGAAAACUUCGGUUUGGUCGAGAGUGAAGAGCUAGACUACGUGGAAAUCCCCCUGGAAGCCGCCACCGAAUCUCAGAGCUCUGAUGCAAACCUAGGAUCAUAUAUCGACAACCGUGAAUUAAUUGUUAUCAGAGGUUCCACCGCUGACCAGAAGCUUCUCGAUAAAGCCACCUUCGCCUUUGGCCUUGCUCGCUCCACGCGAUUGGCCCUCCUUGAGCAAUACCUUGAGAACUACAUUUCCACCACCAAACAGCACUCUCGGGCGCUUUCCGAGCAGUGUGAAAUCACCUUGAAGGAGCGCCAGAUCUUGCAAAAUAUGGGCAAGAUCUUUCUCAUCAGAAAUAAGCUCAACUUGCACAACGAGUUGAUCGACACGCCGGAUUUGUAUUGGUCAGAGCCUCAUCUUGAGAAGAUCUAUGCGGAAAUUUCCCGUGAAUUGGACGUGUUGCCGCGGAUUGCUAUUUUGAACAAGAAGUUGGACUAUGUUAGCGACGAAGCAACUUCGCUUUUGGCAGUGUUGAACGAGAAAAAGGGGACCCGCUUGGAGUGGAUCAUCAUCUGGUUGAUUUUGAUCGAAGUCUUCUUCGAAACGUUCCACUUCUACGAGCGCUACGUCUUGGAAAGGCGUGUGAAGGAGGCUGAAAGUAAAAUUGGGUUGAACGUAAAGUAGCCAAGGAAAGCAGAUCGCCUACUCGUAUCAAAAUGGGGUAUGGGGGUGCUUAUACUAAUACAAAGUUUUACAAGCCGGGUCAAUACGUGUAUGUACAAAACUGUAUAACACUUUGUAUCUAUUGUGAAUAGUUCUAUGG